AUGCAUCAGGAAUGCACAGUGAAUGGCAUGAGGAAGGAGAGCCCGGACUCUUCCACCUGUCCCACAGUACAACUGCCUGAUUCUGGUAAGAGGAACCCAGCAAAGGAGAUAAAGGGCCAGGGCAAGAAACAGAAGGUCCAAACUGUGCUCUCUCAGGCGCAGCUAUGCAUACUCAAAGAACGUUUUCAGAAACAGAAACACCUCAGCCUCCAGCAGAUGCAAGAACUUUCCGAAGCUCUGAAUCUGAGCUACAAACAGGUGAAAACCUGGUUCCAGAACCAGAGAAUGAAAUAGAAGAGGGGGUAGAAAACCACCAACUGGUCCAAGAAUAACCAAGGUGUGACUCGGAAGGUCUCUGCACCUGCAGACUAUCUGGGCCACUGUGCCUCCUAUCACCAAGGAUGCCUUCCUUCUGGAAAUCUACCCAGGUGGAUCAGUCAGAGCUGCAACAGUCAGGCCUGGAGCAAGCAGACCUGGAAUAGCAGGCUGGUGGGGCAUAGCCAGACGUGGUGCACCCAUGCCUGGAAUAACCAGUCCUAG